AUGCAUCUGCUCAGCAGCAUUGCAGGUCUUCUUGGGCUUCCCACCCUGGGGAGUGCGCAAUCGUUCUCUACUCACCAGACUCCAGAGACUGCCAACGAAGCCAACAAUGCCACUGUCCCUGUUGCCAAAAGCUACAUCAUUGAAUACACUUCAGGAUUCGCCAAGGCUCGUCGCGAUGUUGCACUAGCCGCCGAUAUCAAAGUUUUGAAGAACUUUGAGAGUGACAUUUUCUCAGGCGCAAGCAUUGAGACCGACACCCACAACAUUGACAGCCUUCAAGGUUUGGCCGGAGUCGCUAGCGUCUGGCAAAACACACGUGUCGCGUUAUCUCCCGUCGAAGCUCUCCAGGCCAUCGACGAAGCUGCUGCUGAAGACUACACUACCCACAACACAACCGGUGUCAGCAAGCUUCAUGACAAGGGCAUCUUUGGCCAAGGCGUGAAGGUCGGUGUCGUGGACUCUGGAACAUGGUAUCAACAUCCGGCACUUGGGGGUGGCUUUGGUGAAGGUUUCAAAGUCGCUGGAGGGUAUGACUUUGUCGGCAACGGCAUCUGGCCAUACGAGGACAAGUCCCCGGAUGACGAUCCAGAGGAUCAACUGGGACAUGUAACUAACGAGCGUAAAGGAACACAUGUUGCUGGGAUCAUUGCUGGCAAGAACGACUUCUGGAGCGGAGUGGCUCCUGCAGCCUCCCUUUACUCAUACAAGGUCUUCGCUCAAUUGGACUCAACAGAUGAAGCGACUCUCAUCGAAGCAUUUCUCAGAGCCUACACUGAUGGCGUUGACAUUAUCACUGCCAGCAUCGGUGGACCGGGUGGUUGGUCUACCACUGCGUGGGCUGAAGUUGCAUCUCGUUUAGUUGAUGAGGGUGUUGUUGUCACCAUUGCCAACGGUAACUCUGGAGCUGCUGGAGCUUUCUUUGGAAGUACCGGCUCCUCGGGUAAGAAAGUUCUUGCUGUUGCUUCAGUCGAGACCGAGCAGUAUCCUGCGUCGCCAUUUGAAUUUACUUCCACCGUGAACGGGGAGAGUAAAACUGUCAAGGCUGGUUACCUGCCGUCAACUUACUACUUCUCAACCGACAUCACCGACUGGCCUAUAGUCCCCUUGAACUUUGAUACCACCGAUCCUGCAGACGGAUGUGAGCCCUACCCGGAAGGUACACGCAGACUUGAGGGUGUCAUACCUUUGGUUCGCCGAGGUACCUGCACUUUCGCCAUCAAACAAGCGAACCUUGUUGCUCUUGGUGCUGAGUACAUUCUGUUUUACAACAAUGAGAAUCCUAUCAUCACUCCAGGAACAGAUUAUGAUGCUGGUCUCAUCGCCCUCAUCACCGCCGCUGCUGGCGAGGCUAUCAUUGAUACUGUCAAGGCGGGUGGCAAUGUAACUGCGGACUUCUCUCAUAACCCCGAACAGGUGGUGGGAUUGGAGUAUCCAGCGGGCGGAAGACCCAACACUUUUACUUCCUGGGGGGCCUCUAAUGACCUAGACAUCAAACCCGACAUCGCAGCCCCCGGAGGCCAGAUCUUCAGCACAUACCUUGACAAUACCUAUGCUUUGCUUUCGGGAACGUCCAUGGCCACACCGUACGUCGCAGGUGUUGCGGCUCUCUACAUCAGCGCACACGGCGGACGAUCCGUGCAUGGAAAGGACUUCGCCAAACUACUCCACCAAAAGAUCAUUGCCAGCGGAACUUCACUCCCCUGGUCUGACGGAACAGCUACCGAUUAUGGCUUCUCUGCAUCAGUAGCUCAAGUCGGCAACGGUCUUAUCAACGCUUUCAAGGUCGUCAACUACACUACCGACAUUACGUUCAACAAGAUUGCUCUCAAUGACACGCACUACUUCAGCCGUUAUCACGAUGUGACCGUAACCAACAAGGGGUCCAAGGAUGUUAGCUACAAAUUCUCGUAUGAAGCGGCUGCGGGUGUGGAAAUCCUCGGCUGGUACCCCUUCGUUGUACCUUGGGGAGGGGAGAAGAGGCUGAAAAGUUUUACCGAGUUAACACCCAAGAGCCUGCCGGUACAGGUUUCUGUGCCGAGAGAUUUUACGCUGAAACCUGGUGAGAGCAAGACUGUGAGGUAA